UUUUCUUCAUUUUUUUAGUUUUUUAAAAGAAAUGAGUUUUCGAAAUCGGCGUAAAAGUUCUGGGCCGAGUUCUAAUUUUAUGUCAAUUCGACGCCGUUCAAGUGCAACACAAAGAGAUUUUGAAAUUUUGAUGUUUCAAAAAAAACAAAGAUUUCCUGAUUGGUUAUUAAUUAUUAUAAUGCUUGGAGGGCCUGUUUGUUUAAUUCUUUUUAGUUUAGAAAUAUCAUCAAAUAAUGUUGAGGUAGAACAUAAUGCCUUCACAAUAUUUUAUUUAUUUGUUUUUUUAAAGUUAUUUUCACUUUCUGGGCCUUUAAUUGUUUUAUUAGUUUCCCAACUUCAACUUUUCUUUUUAUGGCAUAUCCCAGCAAAAGAAUUAAUUCAACUUACAGAAGAAGAUCCCCCACAACCAAUUAAACAUAAAAAUACUUCUUUCGAAUCUUGUAUUUUAAUUUGUUUAAUUUAUUUGUUUGGGGCUCUUUUAAAUUUAUAUCCAGGAGAAUUAGUAAGUUAA